AGCAUGUUGCUCAGAGUUAGCUUGACUCGACGGAUCUCUGUUUGGCCCUCAUCCAAAGAAGCCACCAAAGCUGUGGGCAGAUGCAAGCGGCCCGGAGAUGUGGUGAAGAUCCUGAAGGCCGCGGAGGCGGCUCAGCUCACAGACGGGGUGCUGUGUGCGGCAGCUCUGCACCGCCUGGGCGCCAUCGAGAAGCGCUCCGAGGGCCCGGAAGUGGGCCUCGCAUGGAAGUUCGCGUCGCAGCGCGCUGCGGAGCACCUGGCCUCCUUCGGGACCCGGGAGCUGGCGGUGGCGGCCCUGGCCACGGCCAAGGCGCGGCGGCGGACGGAGACCAAGGUGCAUUUCUUGGAGAAGCUGCUGGCCAAAGCCGAUCUGCCGGCAUUUCCUUUGCGGCACUUGGCGAAUUUGCUUUGGGCGGCCGCGGCGCUGCGUGCUGACGCAGCGCCCCUCUUCGCUUCAGCGACGCAAGCGGUUUCAAACGGGGAGCCCAACGCACGGGACGCCUCGCAGCUGCUUUGGGCCUUUGCCACGGCGCGGAAGUCGGGCCAAGAACUGCUGGAGGAUGUAGCGCAGAGGAAUCUCCAGGGCUUCAGUGACCACGACAUGGCCACCACUGUGUGGGCCGUGGCCACCAUGUCCUGCGCUGGCCCACGAGGCCAGGCCUUUGUGGGGGACCUGGCGGUCGCCGCCUGCGCCCGCACCGAAGAGUUCGCGCCCCAGGGGCUGUCGAUGCUCCUCUGGGGCUAUGCCACGCUGGCGCAGUCGCAGACAAUCCCCGCGGCGCAGCUGGUGACGUCCUUGUGCCCAAAGGUGGCCAAAGACGCGAAGCUCUUCACGCCCCAGGGCGCGGCGAACAUCUUGUGGGCGCUGGCCACGCUGGACGCUUCCAUGACGGAGAGCGAGGCGGAGAGUGCGGAGAGCAAGGCUGGCGCAGGUGUCACGGCUUUUGAGGAAGGCGUUUGGGCCAUCGAGGCGCUGUCUGCUUCGCUGUCAGAGCAGCUGCUGGCCUGCAACGGCCAGGACAUAGCCAAUGCUUUAUGGGCGCUGGCAAGCCUCGGCUAUGAUGGCACGGCGCCCGCGGCCUUGUUCCAGAAGGUCUCCUCUUGUUCUGCAGACUUGGCCAUCUACCAGUUCACAGCUCAGAAUUGCGCCAACAUCCUCUGGGCCUUCGCGCGCCGGGGCCGCGAAAGCGGGUCACGGGAUUUGGCCCUCGCCAUCGCGGAGAGGGCGGCCCUGCUGAGCCACGAGUGGGACGAGCAGAGCCUCGCCACCACCGUCUGGGCCUUGGCGGUGCUGGGCCAGCGCCCCGCCUCGCUGCCGCUGCUGACUUCGGUCACCGAGGAGCGCCUCGGCAACUUCUCUGUGAGCAGCUUGUGCGUCCUGGUUUGGACCUGCGGCAUGCUCGGGGUGGCGGACCAUCCCACCUUGCUCCUUGCGGUGCUGCUGCGCAAAAAGUCCCGGGACUUAACCACGAGCCAACUGCUGGCCACGGCCCGAGCCUUUGCGUCGAUUUGGCCAACAUACGCAAUGCCUCGUCUCACCGCGAAUUUUCAUGAAUCGAUUCACAGACAUGAGCGGCCAAAAGAGUGA